AUGGUUGUCCCACACACUCAAGCGGGUUCCGGUGAGCUUGCAGGCAAAGUUGCCCUAGUCACCGGCGGCAGCCGGGGUAUCGGUUCAGGCAUCGCGCUGGAGCUGGCCAAGAAAGGCGCUUCAGUGGCUAUCAACUACUCCCGCGACCCCGUCUCCGCCGAGAAGAUUGUCCAGGAGAUUCAAGCCUUGGGCAGCCAGUCGGCCGCUUUCCAGGCCAACCUGACCAAGGUUGACUCCAUUGAGACCCUAUUCCAACAGGUUGUGGCGCACUUCGGACAACUCGACAUCGUUGUUUCCAACUCCGGAACAGAGAAAUUUGUCUCGCUAGCCGAUACCACCCUCGAAGAUUUCAACGAAGUCUUCGAUCUCAACACUCGGGCUCAGUUCUUCGUGGCCCAGAAUGCCUACAAGUAUAUUCAGCCGGGCGGCCGAGUGGUGCUCAUGUCGUCGAUCGCUGCAGGAGUUGGCGUCCCGGGUCACUCAUUGUACGCCGGUAGCAAGAGCGCGAUCGAGGGAUUCACCCGUUGCUUUGCUGCCGAUUUCGGCAAGAAGCGCUGCACCGUCAACGCUAUUGCCCCCGCCGGCGUCAAGAGUGAUAUGUGGUUGAAGAAUUCGUGGCGUUAUGCGCCUGGCUGCGAUCAGAGCUCAUCCCUUGAGGAUAUUGAAGCAGCUUUGGCCAGUGGUAGCCCCUUGAAGCGAUGUGGCGUGCCGGCCGACAUUGGCCGCGUUGUGGCAUUCUUGGCCAGCCCGGGAGGGGAAUGGAUCAACGGCCAAAUCUUGCCGCUGAACGGAGGUGCCAACAUUUAA